CUCUUCUUCCUUCCUUCCCUCCAUCGCCUCCCCUUCCUUCAAGCAUCGAUCCUCUUCGCCUAUAAACCCCUCGCCACCCAAGACAAGAAGAACCGACGAGCGUCCAUGUCGAGCCCCACGCACGCCCGCAAGCAGGCCCUCCACCUCGCCUCCAUGAAGGCCAAGCUGCACGGCUUCCUCGGCCACCGCCUCCUCCUCGUCGCCGCCCUCGCCGCCUUCCUCCUCCUCUUCUCCGCCCGCACGCUCUUCUCCUCCUCCUCCUCCCACGCCUCGCGGCUGCGCGGCGGCGAGAGCGAUGGCGACGGGUCGUGCUCGAAGCUGCCGGGGGCCGUGGCCGAGGCCCUGGUGCACUACGCGACGUCGAACGUGACGCCGCAGCAGACGGCGGCGGAGAUCGGGGUGUCGCUGCGCGUGCUGCAGCGCCGCUCGCCGUGCAACUUCCUGGUGUUCGGCCUCGGGCACGACAGCCCCAUGUGGGCGGCGCUCAACCACGGCGGCCGCACUGUGUUCCUCGAGGAGGACGCGUCCUGGAUCGCCUCCGUCCGCGCCGCGCACCCGGGCCUCGAGUCGUACCACGUGACCUACGACACCCGCCUCACCGAGGCCGACGACCUCAUCGCCCUGCGCGACCACCCGGGGUGCACCGCGCAGCCGGACCUCGCCGCCGCCGCCGAGGCCUCGUGCCGGCUGGCGCUGCGCGGCCUCCCCGCCGUGUUCCACGAGACCGAGUGGGACCUCAUCAUGGUGGACGCGCCCACGGGGUGGACGCCCGAGGCGCCCGGGAGGAUGGGCGCCAUCUACACGGCCGGCAUGGCGGCCCGCGCGCGGCGGCCCGGCGACGGCGCCACGGACGUGUUCGUGCACGACGUGGACCGGGCGGUGGAGGACAGCUUCUCCAAGGCCUUCCUCUGCGAAGCCUACCUCGCCGAGCAGGUCGGCAGGAUCCGGCACUUCGUCAUCCCCAGCCACAGGGAGAAGCCCGGCACGCCCUUCUGCCCUCAGAACUGAUCAUUACCCAUUACCCAUUUUAUCGACCUCCAGACCUCCAGCGUGCUAGGACUGCACACACCUGCCUUGAUCAAGACACACAUGCAUGCUGAAGCCUGAAGGGCGGUCAUGCAUGCCAUACACCAUUGCAGGCAAUGGCGUCGGAUCCAGUAAUUACCGAGCGUUCACGAUCGACUAGAUCGGGGAAAAUUGUUAGCGGUGGUUCUACCUCCAUGUUUGCUGGUAGUUGAUCACGAACGAGUGGAACCUGUAUCAUGCAAACUACUCCUAUAUGUUGUAAUUAUCUGCUAUAUUUCUAUUACUAGUACUUUGGCAAGAUAUCUUGCAUUUCUA